CGAUACGCAAGGAGUAUGUCGAAACGAAAACGAUCUCUCGAAGCACCUACCUCUUCAGAUCCUGCUCACACGACAGGCUUGUCUGCAUACCAAGAAAAUGGGUUUACCCAUCAAACGCUGGCCCAUGCUGAUCACGGUCUAACCAGAACCAUUUCAAAUGACUAUACGGCACCCGAGGUCUCUGGCGAGCAUGAUUCCAUUGAUGGGAGACUACACUGUGCGACGAGUUUGACGGCCUCGGCCGAGGAUUCGUGGAAGUCGCAUCAUGCGCCGCGCAAUUUCGACGCAUCAAACAACCAUGCAGACAUGCUUCCAGGCAUCACGCGUAAGAUCACAGCGUGCACUGCAUGCAGGAAGCAAAAGAUCAAGUGCGAGAUGCCCAAGGAUGUCCCGCCCUGCAUCCGCUGCGAGCGGCGCGGUAUAGCCUGUGUUUUGAACAAAUCCCUGCAGACAUUGCUGGAGGACACCUCGCAGGCGGAACACCUUCGUACAGACAUUCACAACCUUCACGAAACCCUCGACGUUGUCUGUCAAAAGCUCGGAAUACCGACUCCGCGGCCGCUCAUCACGGCUCGUUCGUCCAAGACCAACGGCCAGGACACAGGCGCGGUGAGCACCGACAACGAUCAGGAGUGCGAAGUCUCGCCACCAACAUCACCCUCUGCUGUGCAGGCGCCUAUCGACACGUUCCUCGAGGUGGCCAAGCUGGGGAGCCCGACGUCCGCAGAUACGCCACAGGGCACUCGCCACCCUCCACGACCAUUACAGGCUCAGGAUCUCAUCACCAAAGCCGUGCUUUCACUCUCCGUGGCCGAGGCUCUCUGCCACCGCUAUUUCUCUCGGCUGGAUCAUUUCCUCUAUGGCAUUGGCAGCAACUUUCCCGACCUGCCUUCACUCAGGCAGUCCUCUCCCGUCCUCGUAGCGGCCAUAUGUACGGUGUCGGCCCUUCACGAUCCCAAGGCUCAGUCGAUCUACGAAUCCUGCAACCGGGAAUUUCGACGGCUGGUGUCUAGAGCCGUGUUUGAGAAGCGCGGCGUCGACCACCUCCAGGCACUCUGCAUCGGCUCGUUCUGGUUGACGGACGCGUCGAGGAUUCUGUCCAGUGAUGCACUGCGGAGGGCGGCCGACGUGCGUCUUCAUCGGCAUUUCCAAUUUCUCCUCGACUCGGAAGGAGGACCUCAUCAGUCGAGCAGCUCGCUCUCCUUGUCCAGAUCAGACCACACGGAUCGCGUUCGUCUGUGGUACCUCCUCUUCAUCUGCGACCAGCACUUGUCGAUCUUGCACAACCGCGACCCCUUACUACGUACCGACAAAGAAAUCCUGGCCAACUGGGAGUUCUUCCUGGAGCGGGACGGGGUGACGGACUCGGACUCCCGACUCAUGUCACAGGUCGCUUUACUCCUCAUAAUGGGACAAGUCAGAGACACGUUCGGGUCGGAACUGGACGAUCGGGUUGCAAAGGGGUUAUCGGCUCAAAUCAUGAAUUUCUCAAAACAACUAGAUAAAUGGUACAACAAGUUUGCCAAGGUGUUCAAGCCGAACCCUCACAUUGGAGAUUUCCCCAUGAAGGGUCUCCAGAUGCAUUACCAGUUCGGCAAGCUCUACCUCGGUCACCACGUCUUCAAGGGCCUGAAAGGAGACCCCAUACCACCUCAUUUCUUGUCGGCCGCUAGCCUGGCCCGUGACGCCACGAUCGAGAUCUUCGACAUGAUUCUCCGAGAUAAAGAACUACAGGAGAGUCUGGUCGGCAUGCCUCAUUACUUCCACAUCAUGAUAGCCUUUGCCGGCCACUUCCUCAUGGAGAUUUGUACAAAGUACCACGAACAACUCUCGUUGGACGUGAGCCACAGCUUGGGACUGAUCGGCGGCGUACUCACCCUGUUCCAGAAACUGCCCUGCAUCCCACAACACCCCAUCUCCCGCAUGAGCGGCGGACUUUCCCAGAAGCUGAUGGAAAGUACCACAGCGAUGACUUCGGCGUUUGGGGGAGAACUUCAGGAUUUGAACGUCCAUCAGCGAGGGUUGAUGAACCAACAACCCAUUAUGGACGUCGUGAAUCAAUUCAUCCCGCCGUUGAUGCCAUCAGACAACAAUGCCAGCGACUUUGAUCAUCAUCAUCAUCGCUCGUAUCCCGAACUGAGGGUCGGAGCCAACGACUUUAUUUUUGCAGAUUUUGAACAGUUCAGUUUCCCCGACAUGACCAUGAACUUUACGACAUGAUUUUGUCGGAUCGGCCUCUCCACAAGUCGCGUUUUACCGAUUUGACGAAAAGUCCGUGACAUAAUCUUGGAUCGUUUGUUCCAGGGGCCCAUCGUCGUGGAAUCCGAGCGUCUUGGCUUUGGUGAUGUUGAAGCUGCUAGGCCACGAACCCACGAUGCGAGCCACAGAUUCAUCAGGCACCUCGUCAAUCAAACCGAGUGCCUUGUGGCCUCCGACUUUUUCGAGAGCGUCGAGCAUAUCUUGGACCGUCACCAUGAUACCCGGUAGAUUGAUUGUCCUGCUUCCUUUCCCAUACAUUGCGGCCGGGAUAUCCCCGGCGACGAGCAAAUUCCUGACGACACACCUCGUCGAGCACACCCACAAUUUGAGACUUCGAGAGACGGGCAACACACUCCUUUCCCCGUUCAACGGUUCUCGAACGAUGCCAGAACAAAACGAAGAAGCGGCGCCUGACGGUCUGCCCGGUCGGACGAUGAUGGUGGGCAGACGAACGAUACGGGCAUCCAGCAACCCACGUCGAGUAUAGUCGUUCAACAAAAUCUCACAGAUGUAUUUUUGUGCACCGUAAGACGACUGGGGCGAGGGCAUCGUCUCCUCGCUGACGACGACAUGAGACGAUCCGCCGCCCUCUUCCGCCGCCGCCGCUGCGGGCCCGAACACGGCCAAGCUUGAUGGGAAAAUGAC